UUUGGGUUUGUUGGUUACGUUAGGUUAGAAUCUCGUAGUUGUUGUUUGCUGUCAGAAAGCUAAUUUGACAUAACUGAGAAAACCUGUACAGAAAGAAUUAGCUUACAAAAGAAAUAAGCGAGGAGAAAUAAUUUUAAUUUUGAAUUUAAUUUAAAUAAAGGAGAUAAUCUUUUAUCAACGUUAUUAUCAACGUAUUUUAUACUCAUUACUUUUCGUUUAGUAUUUUUUAGAAACUGUAUAAAAUAAUGUUUUAUAAUUAAACAUUCUUUGUAUUAAUUGUUCCACAAUAUUACGUUUUACAAAAAUUAUAAAGGCAAGAUAAAGAAACUGAAAUAUAACUCCAAACAAUAUAAAAUAACAGUGGCAUAGUUUAAGUUUUGAUUAUUUAUAACAUGGUUUAUACAUGUAACAUAUGUGGAGAAGCAUAUAAUUUGCAGGCAGCUAUAACUUUCCAUAGAAUCCCGAAAAAUAAAGGUAGAAGAGAAGUUUGGCUGAAGUCCAUUGGGACAAAAAUAAGAAACUUCAAACCGCCUUUGUCGGCGAAGAUUUGCAGUCAACAUUUUACCACCGAUUCAUUUUAUUUAUCUAUAGACGGAAAGCGUCUUUUAAAGGCCGAAGCUAUACCAACUCUAUUUCAUAUAACGCGACGAAGAUUAGAAACCUACCCUGAAAAUGAAAACGACGAUAUUUAUGAAAACUUACAACAUGAGAAUGAAGCUAAUCCAACUAUUAUGGCUGUAUCAUCUACAGUGACAACACAAUCUGAUACAGCUGAUGAGAUUCAUAAUUCGGAUGCAACUUGCGAAACAUUAUCCACUUCUAGAACUAUUGUACCACAAACUGAAACGCAACACUUAUCUAGUGAAACAAGACAAAAUGUUAUAUCUAUAGAUGAAGAAAAUUCACAGAAUUGCAACAAGCUGCGAAAACAAUUACAAGAAGCCAACGCACGCAAUGCCAUGUUACAGCAGAAACUGACAUGUUUGCAGCAAAAAAAUAGACGUUUCGAAAAAAGUAUAAAAAAGUUAUUGACAUUAUUGAAACAUUUUUACAAAAGAACGAAGUGCUAUCAAAAGAUGCUUGUAAGAUAUUCAAAUAAAGUAAUGAAUACGCGCAUCUAAUACUUUAUAAUAGAAAGAACAAAAAAUUGAAUUGUACAGCACAUUUUAUUUUAAAUGACAACAGAAUACUUUCUGAAUUAUUGAUGUGAUUAACAAAAGAGUGUUUGUUAAAUAUAGUCUGUUUCGAGGGCGAAAAUCUGUGGUCAGCAUAAUUUUGUUCCAAAUAUUGUAAAUGAAUAAGAAAGUAUCUUAAAUUUCAAGAUCAGUUUUAUUAUAAGUUUUGUUUCUUUAAUUAGAAUCAUUUUUCUUACAUAAUUUUUUAUUACAUUAAUUCGUAUAAAUUUUGCAUGUAAAACUUGAAGUGAGAUCAUUGAAAAGUGAAGAAUAAAUAAUUGUGUUUUAAUAUGUGCUUUUAUGUAAAAAAUAAAAUAUUCAGCAUAUCUUUCAAUGACUUCAAUACUUUUACGCAAAAUAAUGAUUUUUUUUAAUACAACACAAGCAACUUUUAUCUAAGACAUAAUUUUAUAUAAAAUUUUACGAUCUAGUAAUUUUUACUCUGUUGAAGCAUUAAGAUGUCUAAAGUUGUAAACGUUAAACAUUGAAUAUACAAAAAUUUGGAUAUUGGAUAACAGGAUUGUUAACGAGCGGUUAAAAACUAAAGUAAAAUGUAUUAAAAGUGACUAUAGACAAAAACUUGACUUUGAAAACAAGAUGUUGAUAUUGACAACGUGUUGUGCCAUGCCGGUAUAAGUAUAAGGGUUCGUCUUCCACAGAAAGUCAGUCAAAUAAAUCUCCACUUAUUAUUUUAUAUCAAUAUUUAUUAAGUAAACUGUAGUUUAUAUAAAAUUGUACAAUAAUUUUAAGUUAUUAUGCGCUGACGCCAAGUAUGACUCGUAUGUGUUUGAUCGUGAGACUACUCCUGUGUUCGUGCUCUUUUCUUGCUUUUUAUUUCGGCGGGUUCAUUGCUGAGUCGGUUUCGCCAAUCCGCAAUCAGCGUUCUCUGUAUCGGAACUUUGAUGCAAUUUCGAAUAUCGCCAUAUCGACCAUACAACUGGUUUGGGCUGAUUUAUCUUUCGCGUUAUUAUUAUUCUUAAUUGCUAUUGAACUAGAUUAUUGCUAAAUACGCUAUUGCUGAAUUUAAUCGCUAUUUCUGGUCGCUCACAACAUCCUUUCCUUGAUAAAAAAAGAAAAACUGACGUAUGAGAUUUGCAUUAAUUAUUUUUCUAAAGUCAUGAAUUGAAUCCUCCUUUUUCUUUUUCUGUAAGAUUACUUUCUUAUUUGUGCUUAACUUAAUUCUACAGUUACAUUGUUCUUAUCUUAGUACAAACAUUUUGUAUGUAUUAAUAUAAUAUAUCGCGUUGCGUUUGUAUUCCUGCUUAUAAGUAUAGCCAGAUAUUGAUGUGAAAAUAAUUAUGUUGCGCCAUUUCAAUUAAAUUUGAUGCUGAAGCUAGUUGUUAGAAUGUUCAAACUUUUUGCAGCAUUAUCAUAAACGCUUGAGUGUUCUAUGUAAUUAUUUUGAUGGUCCUACAUAAUUAUUUUUAAAUCGGUAUCUCAUCUAAUUUUUAUAUAUUUUAUACUUCAACAAAAUCGUUCGUUUCGAAAGUAUUAUAUUUUUUCAAUGUCGUUUCCAUUUAUUGACAAUAUAUCAACAUAAUUGAUUAUAUUUUUAUUAGCAUAUUAUAAAAUUGAGACAUAGAAAAAACGAAUUUAAUAUCGUUCAGCUAAAAAAAUUAAAUCGAUGUGAAUUAUGUGUAUUAUGAAUCAUGUAUGUGUAUACAUUG